UCACUCCACCGGACUGUCAUCCUCCGAGCCGCAUCUCCAGCUGCUCCUCCGCACGGCUCCACUUGUGUUUCCACCGGCUUCUACUCUCCACGGAUGUAAGCAUGGAUACUGUCUAAGGGGCGAACCGACAGCAGUUUUUAUUUUCCGGAAAAGAAAAAAAAGAAAUCUCUCAAAGCUCAAAGUGAGAAUAAUGAUGGAGUACUGGAGGCAGUGCGCGCUGUGGCUGAUCAACUGCAAGGUGCUUCCAGCGAGCCACCGGGUUACAUGGGAGUCCGCGCAGGUAUUCGACCUGGCGCAGACCCUCCGGGAUGGAGUCCUCCUGUGCCACCUGCUCAACAACCUGCGACCCCAGUCCAUCAACCUGAAGGAGAUCAACCUCCGACCGCAAAUGUCACAGUUCCUCUGCCUGAAGAACAUCAGGACCUUCCUGGCGGCGUGCAGCGACACCUUCGGCAUGAAGAAGAGCGAGCUGUUCGAGGCCUUCGACCUCUUCGACGUCAGGGACUUUGGAAAGGUUAUGGACACACUGUCUAAACUCUCCCACACAGUGAUCGCACAACAAACUGGAAUCAGGCCUUUUCCUACCGAGGAGAGCGUAGAAGACGAGGACAUCUACAACCACCUGGUGGACCUCAUAGAUGAGAACGGAGUGGAGGAUGAGGAGGAUCUCUAUGACUGCGUGUACGAUGAUGAAGACGGCGGAGAGAUCUACGAGGAUCUGAUGAAGACAGAAGCCAUCCCUCCUCCGGCGUUCCAGAAGCAGGCGGAGAUUGACAUCAGGAGCUGCUGCUUAACAGAGAUCAAGCAGACAGAGGAGAAAUACACCGAGACCCUGGAGUCCAUAGAGAAGCACUUUAUGACGCCCCUCACCAUGUUUUUUACCGCGGCCGAGAUGGAGAAGGUGUUUGUGAAUAUCCCGGAUCUGGUUAAAGUUCACAAGUGUUUACUGCUGGAAAUCCACGACUCGAUCCACCACAGAAGUGCCCAGAACCUUUACAAGAUCUUCAUCACGUUCAAAGAGAGGUUGUUGAUCUAUGGAAAGUACUGCAGCCACGUGGAGACAGCCAUCGCCACUCUCGACGACAUCUGCAAAAACAGAGAGGACGUGCGCAUGAAGCUAGAGGAGUGUUCAAAGAGAGCCAACUAUGGCAAAUUCACACUGAGAGAUCUGCUGGUUGUCCCGAUGCAGCGGGUUUUGAAGUAUCACCUCCUCCUGCAGGAGCUGGUGAAGCACACUCACGACGCGGCGGACAAGACCAAUCUACGGAUGGCGUUAGAUGCCAUGAAGGACCUGGCUCAGUACGUUAAUGAAGUCAAGAGGGACAACGAGACGCUGCGAGAAAUAGAUCAGUAUCAGAAAUCCAUCGAAAACCUGAAUCAGCCUCUGAGUAACUACGGGAGACCCAAAGGUGACGGGGAGGUACGGGUGGCCUCGGUGGACAAACGAGCUAAACAGGACAGGCACAUCUUCCUGUUCGACGCAGCCGUGAUCGUCUGCAAGCGGCGAGGAGACAACUACGAAAUGAAGGAAGUGAUCGACCUGCACCUCUUCAAGAUCACCAACAACCCCACGUCGGACAAAGAGAACAGAAAGUGGUCCUACGGAUUCUACCUCACUCACAACCAGGGCCAGAGCGGCUUUGAGUUCUUCUUCAAGACCAAAGAGUUGAAAAAAAAGUGGCAGGACCAGUUUGGCAUGGCCAUAUCCAACAUCCGUCCCGAGAACGCGAACAACAACUUCCACGAGUUCCGCAUGCACACCUUCGAAAGGAUCACCUCCUGCAACUCCUGCCACAUGCUGCUGAGGGGCGUCUUUAACCAGGGCUACUUUUGCUCCAAGUGUGGUUUAGGAGCUCAUAAAGAGUGCCUGGGUCGCUUCGGCUCCUGCGGAAAAACAGAUUCCGGCUCCGACAGAACUCAGGGCAAAGAUCGAGAUCCAGGUCUGCCCAAGAUGCUGGUAAUCAGGAACUACUUCGGCGUGCCGAGUCCCACUUCUGGCCCGGCGCUCAGCAUCCAGACGGGUGACAUCAUUGAAUUAAUCUGCGCCGACCUUCACAGCCCCUGGUGGCAGGGCAAAAUCCUGUCGACGAAGGAGGUUGGCUUCUUUCCAAGCGACGCCGUGAAGCCUUGCCCAUGUGUCCCGAAGCCUGUCGAUUACUCCACUCAACCAUGGUUUGCAGGCCCCAUGGAGAGGCUGCAGGCCGAGGCGGAGCUCAUCAACAGGGUCAACAGCACCUACCUGGUCCGCCAUCGCAGCAGAGAGUACACGGAGUACGCCAUCAGCAUAAAGUACAACAACGACGUGAAGCACAUAAAGAUCCUGACCAAGGAGGGCUGCUUCCACAUCGCAGAGAACAAGAAGUUCAGGAGCAUAUUAGAGCUGAUCGAGUAUUACAAACACCACUCGCUGAGGGAAGGCUUCAGGAGUCUGGACACCACGCUGCAGUUUCCGUACCGGGAACCGGAGAACGCUGCUAUGCAUCGCCUCAACCGAUCAGGAGGGAACAUGUUUACCCCCAAAGUGAUCGGCGUGGCGAUAGCGAGGUACGACUUCAGCUCACGUGACACCCGCGAGCUGUCGCUGCAGGAGGGCGACGUGGUGAAGAUCUACACCAAGUCUGGAGCCAACGGCUGGUGGAGGGGCGAGGUCAACGGCAGGGUCGGCUGGUUUCCAUCCACAUACGUUGAGGAGGGUGAGGAGUGAAAGGUCCAAUACGGGAACGAGAGUAAGACGAAAGACGAACGGCGGCAGCAGCAGCAGCAGCAGCAGCGGCGGCGGCGGAGUGAGCAAACUGAGCGCCUAACAGUGACAAACAGAGCGAGCUUCUGCACCGCUGCUCGCUCCAGUGUUACUUUUCAGAGCAAAGCAGACGGCUUCACUCUCCUCCACGGUGCCCUGUUGCCUAAAACCAUCCCAGAGGCCUUUGGGAGAGACAAGGGCUAUAGCACAUUGCAGAUGCAAAAGAUGCCCCAUCAUCUCUGGUGGACUCUGUGUGGCUAAGCGACUCCACCAACUAGCAGCUUGCCUGUCAGCGGGGGCACAAGCCCUCGCCAGACGCCUCCCACCCGCUCCCUCCUUACUUCAUCCGUCCAUCCAUAAUUCAUCCUUCGCUCCCUUCUCCCCCCUCCUCCUCCCCAACUCCCACCUGUUUCCACCUGCCAAGUCGGCCGUCGCCAAAACUGUCAGCAGCAGAUACUCAAACGCUGCUCUUCCAUUCAUGCGCUCAUCCAUCCAUCCAUUCAUCCGUCCGUCCUGCCCGCCACUCCACGUGGGAAUAGAGUCAUGUGACAGCUGGAAGAGACCGACGCUGUAAAGUUGUGUUUUUUUCUUUUCUUUUCUUUCCUUGCUCACUCUGAAGGGAGUUCAGUCGGUUUUGACCUUGCCUGUGUGUUUGUUCCACUAAUGCAGGUGGUUAUUGAUGGCUGGAUGACCCAGAUUCACACACACACACACACACACACACCACCCACCUCUCUUCCCCUUCAGAUUAUGAUCGCCACGCACUCACUCUUACAAGAGAUGUAAGAGAGGGAUGGCGUCGGAUAGCAUCGCUGCGCAGUGCCAGCAAUUGAUCGCCGUUGUUCCUAUUUUCCUCCCACCUCCUACAUCCUUUAUCUCCGGCACAGCUUCUCAUGUUUUUUAGCUGUCUUGGCCGUUGGGCGAAUGGGCUCUUGUUGACAGAGCUGCCACCGAUAAGAGCAGGGGGAUCGCUGAGGGUUUAUCUUAUUGGAGGCAUUAGCAGCUUGUCGCAGAGUCUGGGAGCCACCUGCCCUCUUUCACCUGUAACGUAAGAAAAGCAGAUGAAACACAGACGCAGCCCGGCUUCGGUCUGCUCAGUUUGCAGUCGCCUUUGUUUUGUUUUUUUUUCUCUGCAGCAUGCUUUGAGUUGUUGUCUCAGUUUUAUAUGUGUGAGGCUGUAGGUUUGAACUAAAGAUAAUGCAAAAAAAAAUGUAAAAACUGCAUCACCUCAAUAGGUAACUGUGAAUGCACCUCCAGAGAGAGACGUCCUCUCAAUUUUGGCUGAAAUACUGAAGACUUAAAAUUUUAAAAAGCACAUUUUAGAAGUAUUUUAGCUAUCAACCCUCCAAUCAGCUUUCAUGCUACUAAUAUCCUCCCGCUAACUGUCCUCCCUCUCACCCCCUCUUCCUUCCACCUUCACCUCUCGUUGACUUUGUGCACAAUAACGUCUCCCUAAUCCACAGCCAAAGAGGAUUUUCCCACAUUUGAAGGAAUAAUACCUUUACAGGAAAUCAUGCUACACGACACACCGCUGAUGUCCCAGAAAAAAAGGAGGCAAAGAGCACAGAUCCAGUGAUCAACUAUAGUCUGGAGACGAGAACUCCUUCAACCCGUCGUUGUUUACGUAUGUGAUGGAAAUGUCCCUCAGCUGAUGGUUAACGAGCCAAUCACAGAGCAGCGUUCACACUACGUUACUAUGAACUAGUUCCUCCUCAGUUACACCUGACAUUUUCAUUUUUAGGAACAUGCAGUGAACAUAAAACACGAUAUCAUAUCUGCCACUCAGACGCGCAGCAUUCCCUCGUUGACAGUUAAAAGCAUUUAAAUAACGGUCAGACGUUGAGUUUUACAGCUUUUAUUAGAGUCUAACCCCGUGAUAGGAUGGAGGAAGCCGUCGUGUGGCUAACUGGACGUCGCCUCCCCUGUCAUGUCUUCAUUGUGUUCGUGCCACUGCCGGAAAUAUAUUUUGUGAAUUUAAGUGAGAGUUUAUUGUAAAAAAAAAAAAAUGCUUUUGUGUGCACUUAAUGGAGCCAUUAUGUUUGAACAUCAUUAAUAACCCCCUGCCAGGCCUGUCGCUCCACGCCUCGGUGAUGUAUGACGGAGAUUAUUUUGCAUUGUUUAACCGCUGGACUGAAGAAAUGCGUCAGAACGGGCCGCGUUCAUGCACUUUUUGCAUAGUGACGUGUGCCUUUCCCCCAAUUCUGGUCUCGUCAAACAGUGUCUCCGUGCGACCACUAGAUGGAAGCAUCCCAAACGCAGCCGUUCUGCUCCAAACCUUCAACUUGAUAAAGUUUGGAGAUGACAUCAUCUGAUUAGGAGCUGAACAAUACUUCAGAAAGCAGCUAACCUCAGACUUGUUGCUGUGAGUGUGAGGAGGGCAAAUUAUCAGAGAGAGAGGUUUCUGUUAGAGUAGAAACAACAAUUGGAAUCAUGUGAAAUUGUUUGCAGGAUGAGGGGCAGUGACCACAAUGUCUUUUCCUGACUUUCACUUCAGAAAACUUCCAGACUUUCUCCUCCUGCUUCCCAAUAUGUCUGCAGUGUCAAGAAUUUAAUUUAUAACAUCUUUAGAAAAUCUGAGAGAGAGAGAGAGCUGUGCUGCAGGAAAAGGCACAAAUGUGAUCCAACGCGAGCCUCUCCUCCGUCUCGGGAGGACCGGAGAGCCGGAGUGGGCUCCUUUAAUCGCAGACUCGGUAAUCCACUCCCGCUCUCCCUCCUCCGCCCAGAUGAACUCUGACAGCGGAGCCAUUUACAACUGCAGGCCGCCUUCUCCACCAAGUGCGCUUCCAGAUUUUUUUUUUGUGCGCAGGAGGGACGGGAGGAAGGCUCAAGGGUAUCUGUGAUCUAAUCAUUACACCAUCUCCUCACCUCGGCGACCCCGCUGCAUUCAUCUCUCUGUCGGCUCCCCUCUCUCCGUGUCACUUCCCUCCUCUCUCUCUCUCUUUACUGCUCUCCUUCCCCAUCUAUCUUUCAUCCAAUCUCUGUCUUCUCGGCUUCUCUCUGUAUUCUGUCCCUCACCCCGAUGCUCUGUAGGCAGUAACUGUCCCUGCUGUAUGUUGGCGGAAGGAGAAUGGAAGAUUCAGUGUUAUUGAGGAAGAGGAAGGAGCCUCGUGUCUCCAGACGAGCGAAAUGAGGACUGGUUUAAUUUUACCGCAAAUUAAUAGACUGAGAGAAAUGAUGCCAAUUAGAGAACGAAAUACAAUUUGCUCUCCACCACUGUUAUCUCCUCACGUACGGCGUGUGCACAGAUUGCGUCCACAUCCUACCUACACGAGGAAAAGCACUUCUGCAGGAUUCAGGGCUGAGCCGAACCUGAUCCGACAGACAACAUGUCACAAUCACACGCUCCUGUAAUUUAUUUUGCUGCCAGCGCUCCCUCUUGACUGAACUUUGUCCAUGUUUUGUUUUCCCAACGAAGCCAAAGAUGUACGCUGUACUUACUGUAGACUCGGCGUUGUGUCUCAGAACCACGGUACCCGACCGCUGUGGCCUAACUCUAAAACCGUGCAAUCCUGACUGUGUAGCAGAACCCUGUAUUUUUGCUGUAUCAUACUGUAAAUGAUGUACAUAGCACAUAAUAAACAUAUACACUGCUUCUUCUAA